AUGACAGAUUACGAAAGGCAGUUGUUGGAGGAUUUGGGGAGCUCCGAUGAAGAGGUUAACGAUCAUAAUGAUUACAGAAGCGGAGACUCCUUGCAGGCAAUGUUAGCUGAUCUAAUAGCUUUCAAUGCCACAAAUAGUCCGUUCCAAGUUGUAUUGGAGCACCCUAAUAUCGAGUCUGUGGCUGAUUUUGUAAGCCUAUCGAAAGUAUUUCCAUUGAUACCGGCAUUGAAGGCCAAAUUUAAAGAGCAAGCAGACGAAGACGAAGUGGAUUAUAUGGAGUUGUUGGCAGAAAUUGGCAACGACAGCGAGUACCAGUCCAAUGAAUACAAAUUUAUCGUAACUAUCAAUGAGUUGUCUUCGAUAAUAAACAACGAAAUUUUAGCAUUCACGAUGCUAUUAAAGAUGCAAUAUAAAUUGGUUUUUCCAGAAUUGGAGAACCUUGUACGAAACAACAUCGACUAUGCAAGGAUCGCCAUGAUUAUCGAGCAAGACCUUGCUAACAUAAAAAGAUACGAAUCCGAACUAAAAAGACUAAUGACUAAUGACAAAGUUCUCCUAAUCACCAUAUCGGCACUACAGCAGUCACGAGAUGAGUUUAAAUUGUCAGAGGAGGAUUUCAACAAGGUCAAAUCGUGUGCUUUAUUGGUCCUUGAGUUAGAUGAGGUUCUACAACAGCUCUCAAAAUUUAUAUCGGAUAAACUUGCCAAGUUUGCACCAAACGUUUCAGCAAUUAUUGGUCCAAUUACAACUUCACAGUUGCUAAUAGCUACGGGAUCUUUGAAGCAAUUUGCAUUGACACCAUCGUGCAAUAUUCCUGCUUUAGGCGUUAGGGAUUUAGCCUCCAACACCAAAACUGCCUCAAGAAGCAUACGCCAGACAGGAUAUAUUUAUCACUGCGAUCUCGUUAAAUAUCUCCCACCUGAAAUACAAAAGUCAGUUAUGAGAAUAAUCAGUGGGAAAGUCAUAUUGGCAGCACGAAUAGACUUGGCAAAAUCGUCUAGUGACGGAAGCUUGGGAACAAAACUCAGGUCUGAGAUUGAAGGCAAAAUUGACAAGUUGUUGGCACCACCAGACCAAGUUCCAAACAAGGCUUUGCCAGCGCCAAUUGAAAUAAAAUCCAAAAAGAGAGGAGGUCGUAGGAUUCGCAAAAUGAAGGAACGUUUCCAGAUGUCUGACUUGCGAAAAGCGCAAAAUAAGAUGGAGUUUGGUAAACAGGAGGAAACAAUUAUGGAUGACUUUGGAGAAGAGAUAGGUCUAGGUAUGAGCCGAUCUGGUGGUGGAAACCGACUAGGACAGAUACAGGUUAACAAAAACACUGAUGCUAGAAUGUCGAAAGCAAUGGCCGAGAGAUUGAACAAGCAAAAGCAGACUAUUGAUAAUUUCUGGGAUGAGGAUUUCGACAGCAUUAUUUUGCUGAAACCGAAGGAAGAGCCUGUAAAGACUGAGUCGGAGAGCCGGUGGUUGGGUACUCAGAUGAAGAACAAUGCUAGAUCCAACGAACCUGCAGAGAAGAAACGCAAGUUGGAAUCGUAA